AUUUUAAAUAUUUAAUGUAGCCUUCGACGAUGCAGUUAGGUUGCUGUAUUCGCCUUACAAGCAUGUGAUAAUCGUUUAACAUCAUAGAGAGGGAAUUAUUCUCUUCACGCAUUUAUAUUGGCCUUUGACAUGGAUAAGUCGGAAUCUUCAGGUUACAAAGAUUUCGUAUGGGCAAUUGAAUUAAACCGCCUGAGCUUAGAAUUGGUCGGAUUAUGGCCUAAAUUUGAUGAAAUUGCUAAAAAUCUCGGUUCUAACUAUCGUGCGGCUUUCAUUUGUAUUAUGCUAACAUUUGUCUGGGGUAUUCCUCUUGUACAUGCACUUAUACGAGUUUGGGGUAACAUGACGCUAAUGAUAGACAAUUUGCGAAUUACAUUACCUGCGCUGAUGAUUUUAUUAAAAUAUAUUAUUAUGCAACGAAAGCAAUCAGUUAUCUUAUCAAUUAUAAACAUGAUUAGAGAAGAUUGGAUGUCGUUGAAUCUGAUAGAUGCAGAAAGAAAUGUAAUGAUAAAGCGUUCGCGAACUGCUCGACUGUUUGUAAUAUAUUUGAAUGUUCUGUUCAUACUGACACUAAUUGUAGUAUCUAUGUUACCUUGGUUCGGUUUAUCGUUCAGGCAUGUGACAAAUCUCACGGAUCAAAACAGACCAUUAUUGCUGCAAACAUAUUAUUUAUACGAUACAGAUAAGAGUCCACAGUUCGAGUUAACAUAUCUUAGUCAAUUCAUAUCGCUGCUUUUAGCUAUGAUAAUUUACAUGUCGAUAGAUACUUUUUUCGUAUUCGUGAUUUUUCAUGUCUGCGGUCAAUUAGAAAAUUUCAGACGUCGAUUAAUCAAUUUGAUCCCGGGAAAAGAUUUCGACAAAGUUCUGAAUAAUAACGUAAUAACUCACUUAAAACUUAUCAGGUACGUUAAUAAUAUCAAAAAUAUAUUCACUUUAAUGAUACUAGGAUCGAUAAUGUAUUUUGCCAUUGUAUUUUGUCUAGCUGGAUUUGUAUUGCUUGUUGAAAUUAAUACUAAUGAGAAGAUAAAUGCUGAGAAUUUCUUACAAAUAUGCUACAUGAUGGUUGAAAUCAUUACUCUUUUAUUACAAAUGUUUUUCUAUUGUUAUGCUGGAGAAUUAAUAAUAGAACAAUGUGAAACAAUAUAUCGUACUGUAUACGAUCUUGAGUGGUACAAAUGGGAUUCUAGACAAGCCAGAAAUCUCAUUAUAUUAUUGGUACGAAUUCAAGAACCUUUUCGUAUUACUGCAGGAAAGAUUGUUCCACUAACCAUGACUACUUUUUGCAGCCUAGUAAAAACAUCGGCUGGUUAUAUAUCCUUUUUAUUGACAAUGCAGCAUUAGAGAAAUUAAACUGAUAUUACAUAAUAGUAUUACAUUAAUUCAAAUAAAUGAG